UUUCAGCUCAGCCUGUCCAAUUUACACUGGGUGCUCGAGCUUUCAUUGACGGAGACCUCCCCCCGACAGCGAGGACUGCUACUGUAGCACUGUAAUACCGACCCAACCUUGCUCACCCACCCAAGCUCGUGCAGAACCCCACAAGUCGCUCUGCCAUACGGUCCAGGCCUUUGUGUCCUUAUCAUGGGUCGCUUUCUUUUGACGGUAAAAGCACCGCCUAGCGUGAACAUGAGAUUGACUCAAGCCAAGCAAGCCACAUACAAGCAACAUACGGAGUACAGAGCAGAAAAAAAGAGCAAAAUAGGAAUUACAAGGGGAAAAAAAAGUAUCAAGCUUUUAUGAUAUUCACCGCAACUCUGACUCCAGAAAAGCCUCUCGAUGUAGUGUGGUGUAGAUCAACAACACAUUCUGACAACACACAUUCUGGCAAUUGGCUGACGGGACCGGAAAUCGGCCGAGCUGAGGAUGCCCGGCGGACCCGUUUGCCAUGACUUUGCUGCGACAUGUAACCGGGAGGUUCAAGGCUUGGCGAUGGGGUUCGUGCCACCACGAGGAAAAGAACAUCCCACACUACAGCAAAUAUACCAGGCCGCCAAGUGGCUAAAGAAGCAGGGGUACCAAGUGGAAAGUGCAAGGAGGCGUGUGAGAUAAUGAACAGGACCCCUCUUUCCUUGUCUCGGCGGCCUGCCUGAGAACUUUAAAAAAGGUCUCAGACUCCCGCGUUCUUGUCUCGUCAAUGUUCCUGGGUUGCUUUUUGUGAAGUGCCUGUCCAGCGCGAGAGAAAGGUCAAGUCUUGCCAUCUUCACCUUCCACAGCUGAAUUGUUACCCUCCUUCCUUUCCUCUCGCCUAACCUCGAAGCAAGACGAGAAAGAAAAGAAAGAAGAAAAAAAAAGAGACGAAAUGGCUUCCCCUUCACAAAAUGAGCCGGCGGACCCUAUCGCAAGGGGCGUCUUCCCGGCGGCCAAACAGGCGUUUGGCGACCUGUUCAAGUGGAAGCAGCGCGUCGUGGUGACCAACGAGGUGGGCGAGCAGCACACCGAGUGGCAGUCGCCGGCGCCGCUCAAGAACCCCAUCAGCCUGAUGGCGCAGCUGUCGGCCAAGGACUGGCUCUUCUUCAUCGUGGGCUUCGCGGCCUGGAGCGCCGACGCCUUUGACUUUCACGCCCUCUCCAUCCAGACCAAGAAGCUGGCCGACUACUACGGCACCACAAAGACGGAGAUCACGACGGCUAUCACCCUGACCCUGCUGCUCCGCAGCGUGGGAGCGGCCAUCUUUGGCCUCGCCGGUGACAAGUGGGGACGCAAGUGGCCCAUGGUGGUCAACAUGAUUGUGCUCGGUAUUUUGCAAAUCGCCACCAUCUACAGCACGACUUUCCAGCAGUUCUUGGCCGUGCGAGCCUUGUUUGGCCUGUUCAUGGGUGGAGUUUAUGGCAAUGCUAUCGCCAUGGCUCUCGAGAACAGCCCAGUAGACGCACGUGGUCUCAUGUCGGGUAUCCUCCAGCAGGGUUACUCUUUCGGCUACGUCUGCGCAGCAUGCGCCAACCUCGGUGUUGGUGGCGCGACCGACAGCUGGAAGACGGUGUUUUGGAUCGCCGCCGGAAUCUCAAUCGGUGUCGGCCUCAUUCGCUGCUGCUUCCCCGAGUCGCAGCAGUUCAUUGAAGCACGCAAGCUCGGCAAGAACAAGGCCAACCCGGUUGCUUUCUGGGAGGAGACGAAGAAGAUGCUGGCUGCAGAGUGGAAGCUGUGUCUCUACUGCAUCGUGUUGAUGACUUGGUUUAACUUCUACAGUCAUACUUCUCAGGACAGCUACACCACCUUCAUGCUCUCGGAGAAGGAGCUCGACAAUGCCGGCGCGUCGCGUGCCUCCAUCUUGAUGAAGGCUGGAGCCUGUGUUGGCGGCACCAUCAUCGGCUACGUCUCGCAGUGGCUCGGACGCCGUCGCGCCAUCAUCCUCAGCGCCCUGAUCAGUGCCUGCUUGAUCCCGGCCUGGAUCCUCCCUGCCGGCGAGCGCUCGCUCUCGGCUUCGGGCUUCUUUAUGCAGUUCUUUGUGCAGGGUGCCUGGGGAGUCAUCCCCAUCCACCUGAACGAGCUGUCGCCAGCCGCCUUCCGUUCGUCGUUCCCCGGUAUCACCUACCAGCUGGGUAACAUGAUCUCGUCGCCGUCGGCCCAGAUUGUUAACGCCAUCGCCGAGACCAACUUCAUCCGCAACCACAAGGGCGACAUUGUCGAGGCCUACGGUCCGACCAUGGGCAUCGCCACCGCCAUCAUCGCCAUGGGCAUCGCCACGUGGACGGCGUUUGGACCCGAGCGCAAGGGUCGCAAGUUUGAGCAGGAGCUGCCGGCCGGCAUCGCCGACGUCCCUCGUGAGAAGAGCAUUGACGAUGACCUGGAGGCUGGCCACGGUGGGGAGAAGCCAGAUGCUACAACUGCCGAGAAAGUAUAAAGACUUGUGGCCCGGCUGGUGAAUUGCGAAUCAUUAAAUAGGUUUUGGAAAGGGAAAUAAGGGAUUAUUUUGUUACAAGGGCAGGGUUUUUUGCGAGUAUUCUUUCUAUACAUUCUUAUUCUUAUACAUUGGGGAACCAAAGCAUCCAUAGAUACCUAAGUGCGCGUCAUUUAUUUCUUCAUCCUUUGUCCGUAUUACUAUCGACACGGUGAUUUCUCUUGCAUUUGAUGGGACAAUGAGGGAAGUCUUUGUGUCAUUGUAUGGGGGGCAGGAGACGGAGUUGGUGAUGAAACUUGUGCUAUAUUCCUCUUUUUGUCUCGAUGUUUGUAUGUGCCAGUUGACUCACAUUUCACCCAGUUGGUGUG